AUGGCUACGCAAAAAGAAGUGAAGUCCCAACGCGCAGCUAUCCGCAUACAUCUCAGUCGGAUGCUUCAGGAUGUAGACGCCCUGGAUAAAGAACUGAUUCCAAUCAGUGAACUCGGGAGUAUUGGAUUCCGACCGAUGCAGGUUGGAUUUCAUGACGACGAGCUGGACUUUUCACCCUGCUUCUUCAAACUCCUCCCAGCAUCCAUCAUCGACGAGCAUCCGUUAACACCGGAAGAACCAUUCGACUUGAUUUAUUCUGAGAGUCUGACUGAUAACCAACCGGGGGAUCUAAUGGAAUAA